CGCAUUCCUCUCCUCUGAGUGGUCGCUCCAGCAGCAUGUCAUCUCAGCAAGAUGGCGCAGAGCUUGGUUGAGCAUGUUGUCGCGGACGCUGGAGCGUUUUUAAAGAAAGCGCCUCUACAGGAGAUCGGCAAGAACAUCUACACUCUGAGAGAUGUGGUGAAUGAAAUCAGGGAUAAGCCCACCAGGAGGAGUCUGGCUGUCCUACCAUACCAGCUCCACUUCAAGGAACCACAUCCUGAACACAUCAGACACGUAACUGAGUUCUCCAAGAAGACCGGAGAUUAUCCCAGUUUGUCAGCCACAGAUAUCAAAGUUCUGGCUUUGACUUACCAGCUGGAGCUCGAGCACGUUGGUUUGCAGCACCUGAAGACAGAACCAGAGAUUAAGGUGAAUAUUCAGAGCACACAGCGCCACCCAGAGGCACCAGUUAAUAUCACAGGGUUCCACUUUCCCUCUAAGAGGUCUGCAGACACACUAAACAUCAGAAAGACCCAAACGGAGAAGGAGACGUCCAACCAGACCAACAGCGAUACGUUCAACAGCUUCCAGUUUUGGAGGGAUCCGCUGCCCUCCAUCGACACAGACCUACUGGAUUUACUGGGUCCAACUGAGGUUUCAAAUCCAAACCACACACAGACGGACACACAGGCGACGGACACACAGGCGACGGACACACAGGCGACGGACACACAGGCGACGGACACACAGGCGACGGACACACAGGCGACGGACACACAGGCGACGGACACACAGGCGACGGACAACGAACACUUCAACAGCUUCCAGUUCUGGAGAGACCCGCUGCUGAGCAUCGACGAUGACCUGCUGGCUUUACUGGAUGAGGGCGGAGUGUCACCAUCAGACUACUCGCCGCAGAUGGAAGAGAGAACAGAGCACCAGCCGUCAGAGGAACAAUCGCACGAUGAGGACAAAGAGAACGAACCUGAGGAGGAUGAAGAUGACGAAGGGGGCUGGAUCACUCCCAGUAACAUCAGACAGUUGAAGAUGGACUCUGCCAAUUGGAUGGCUUCAGCUGACGUCAAAGUUGGAUGUCUGACCACCGACUUCGCCAUGCAGAACGUUCUGAUCCAGAUGGGCCUCCAUGUUCUGUCUGUGAAUGGGAUGGUGAUCAGAGAGGCGAGGAACUACAUCCUGAGAUGUCACGCCUGCUUCAAGACGACGAGCAACAUGAGUCGAGUGUUCUGUCCUCACUGUGGGAACAAAACCUUGAAGAAGCUGGCGGUGACGGUCAGCAACGAUGGCAGCAUUCAGAUGCAUUUCUCCAAAAACCCCAAAGUGCUGAACCCCAGAGGACUGCGGCACUCGCUGCCGCUGCCUCACGGCGGGAAGCACGCCAACAACCCCCACCUGGUGGAGGACCAGCGCUUCCCCCAGCAGCGGCUCUCGCGGAAGGCUCGGCAGAAGACGGAUGUCUUCGACCCGGACUACACAGCUGGCUCCUCGCCGUUCUGCGAGAACGACAUUUACAGCCGGGCCGCCAAUCUGCACAUCAGAGACGGUCAGAGCGGCGGCGGCAGGAGGCGGGCCAACCCCAACGCUGCGCGCAAGAAGUUCAGCAAGAAGUGAUGUCAUCCAUCCUGCAGGAUGCUCAUGUUACUAACCUGUGGAGGGUUCUAGCAUGGUUCAGAACCACACACGGACUCUGGUGGAAGCUGAUGUUAACACUCACAUCUGUUUGAUUAAACU